AUGUCAGAUUCAAACCCAUUCAAGUUAAAGAUAAGGAAACUUAUUCAUAAAGUUUCAACAAAAGAUGGUAUACUAGGUGAUUAUGAUUAUAAAUAUUUAUUCACUCCACAAUUACCAUUUAUGAAGAAGAAUAAAGUUACACAACCUUUUUUCGGUUUAGAUUCAAGUAUGCCAAUUGUUUUAGGUUUCAUCUUGGGUUUACAACACUCUUUAGCUAUGCUUGCUGGGAUUAUUACACCUCCAUUAAUUGUAUCAUCAUCUGCAUAUUUCACAACUGAUCAACAACAAUAUUUAGUUACAGCUUCAUUAAUUGUUAGUGGAUUUUUAUCAAUGAUUCAAAUUACAAGAUUCCAUAUCUAUAAGACACCAUAUUACUUAGGUUCUGAUGGAACUUAUUUACCUUGUCCUGAUGGAUAUGGUGCUAUAUUGGGUACUUCAUGUGUUUGUGGGUUAUUAGAAGUAUUUAUCUCAUUCAUCCCACCAAAAUUCUUGAAAAAAUUAUUCCCACAAACUGUUACUGGUACUGUUGUUUUAUUAAUGGGUAUUUCUCUUAUCAAAGCUGGAUUUGAAGAUUGGAUUGGUGGUUCUGGUUGUAUUGGUGGUACAUGUCCAUCUGAAGGUGCACCACAUGCAUUACCUUAUGGAAGUGCUCAAUUCAUCGGAUUAGGGUUUUUAGUUUAUAUUACAAUUGUUAUAUUUGAAAAAUGGGGUGCACCAAUUAUGAAAUCAUGUUCAGUUAUCCUAGGUUUAUUAGUUGGUUGUAUCGUUGCAGGUGCUUGUGGAUAUUUUGAUAAAACUUCAAUUGAUGCUGCACCAGCUGCAAGUUUUGUUUGGACUACAACUUUCAAAUUAACAGUUUAUGGUCCUGCAGUUUUACCAAUGUUAAUUGUUUAUGUUGUUUUAGUUAUGGAAACUAUCGGUGAUUUAACUGCUACUGCUGAAGUUUCAAGAUUAGAAACCGAAGGUCCAUUAUAUGAAUCAAGAAUUCAAGGUGGUGUUCUUGGUGAUGGGUUCAAUUCCAUAAUUGCUGGAUUAUGUACAAUCACUCCAAUGUCAACAUUUGCUCAAAAUAAUGGUGUUAUUUCUAUAACAAAAUGUGCUAAUAGAACUGCUGGUUAUUGGUGUUGUUGUAUCUUGAUUAUAAUGGGUAUUUUCACAAAAUUUGCAGCAAGUUUAGUUGCAAUUCCAAAACCUGUUUUAGGUGGUAUGACUUCAUUUUUAUUUACUUCAGUUGCUGUAUCAGGUUUGAAAAUUAUUUCAAACUCUCCAUUUACAAGAAGAGAUAGAUUUGUUUUAACAGCUUCUUUAUUACCAGGUCUUGGUUGUAUCUUGGUUCCAGAUUGGUUUGAAAAUGUCUUUACUUAUUCAGGUAAUAAUCAUGCAUUAAUUGGAUUUUUAGAUGCUAUAACUGUUAUUAUGGAAUCAAGUUAUGCACUUGGUGGUAUAAUUGCUACUAUUUUAAAUUUAUUUUUACCACAAGUUUUGGAUUUUGAAGAAGAAGAAGAAGAAGAUAAAAUUCAAAGUGAUUUAGAUGAAUUAGCUUUGGAUGAUUAUGUUCAUCAAUAUGAUGAUGAAGAUAAAUUACCUGGUAAAAAAGGUUCAAAAACUUUAGAAACUACUUAUGAAGCUUCACAAAUCGGGUCUGAUAGUAGAAAUUUAUCUUCAUGA